UUUUAGCGUUUUUUUGAUCGCCCAUGUCGCAACGUGUUGGGGUCUUGCUCUAGACGCGCCCGGCGGUCUUCCCCACACCUCCCCACUUUACUCCGCAUCUUGGCUACCUAUGACGUAGUCGCCCUCCUUCUUGGCUUCCUCACCCCUGCAACCCUUGACAUCUUUCGCGGUGUCGUCAUCGUUUUCAUCGACGCGCUAGCGUUCCGCUACCUCGAUUCAGCGAUCGCUGCAGUCGAUCUAGUUCGUCGAACGUGCUCGCUCGCCCAAUCGUUUCCCGGGUACUGCCCCGCAUCCUGAGGUUCGCGGCUUUGUUUCACCCCCCUCUUUUUUUUGUCCCUUCCUACGUCAUACCUCUCCUUCGCCAAUGCCCGUAUUUCUCCGCACGCGAUUAUUGCGUGACAUCAUUGCAGCUGCGACCAAUCGUCUGGCUGCUCUGCGUCUCGCUUUUCGCCAAUCAGCACCCACUGCUUCUAGUUCCGUCCGUGUUUUCACACACACUACUUUUCGUACGUUUGCUCGUCUGACCCAAACGUACUUGCUUAAUACGCACACAAUUGCUACUACCGUUACUAUGAAGACGUACGAGUGCCCUAUUUGCAAGCGGAUCUUCCAUCGUCACGAACACCAGACCCGACACAUACGAUCGCACACAGGAGAACGUCCGUUUGCGUGCUCGUACCCUAGUUGCACAAAACGUUUCACCCGUCGAGAUGAGCUUAUCCGGCACACACGGACUCAUCUCCGCAAAGCGUUCCAAGUCGCACCCUCCGAGGGUACGGUAGACAACAGCAAAACGGAAAAAGAGUCUAGUCCAAAAGCCGCCCAUACUGCUGCUGCUGCUGCUGCUGCUGCUAACGCCACGUCUGAGAGUCCAGACGGAACGGCAGAGACGAAGCCUGUGCCGUCCACCCGCGAAUCCUGCACGUCAGCUGCCAUUGCUGCUAUGAACGCUGCAUACGCAAAGUCAACACAGUCGUCCAUUUGGGCGGCAGAGUCGGCGGUGGCUGAGAUGCAGCUUCUAACGCAAGUCUGCAAGCGUUCUCGAGCACGGCGUAAAUCAACGUCCGUCCUUCUCACACCCAUCAAUCGCAUUUUCCCACCGCGGGCCUCCAUCCAUGAACCAGCCGAUUACAGCUCGGUCAUUCUUCCUCCUCCGCGGAAUAUGCUAAACGAACUGACGUGGAAAUCGCAGUUGCCGAUCGCACAACCUUUCUCAGCCGCACCAUUAACGAAUCCCUCGCCUUUGGAUGGCGCAGGUGGUCUUGGUAGCGGUCGCUUAAACGAGAUGCGUCGUAACAACGAACAAGACUUUUGGCAAGGCCAGCAGCUUGUCACCUCUUCGCCUCCAAAAGCAAUUGCAGAUCAGUCAGCGAAUGUCAACUCGUCGGCCCCCCGAGAGGUCUCUAUGAACAACGGGGCCUUGCAACAACCAACAACCUAUGGCAUUCCCAUGACUGCGCUGUGUUGCCCUCAACAACCGACACAACUGUUAGUGCAAAGUUCCAAUAAUUCUUUAAUUGAGCAACAGCAACAACAGAGACAAGGCUACACAAGCCCGACUUCUUCGUCUACCGUAGCGAGUUCGGCACCCCCAAGCUCGUCAAGUGACACAGUCCAGUAUGCACAGACGAUUUACGGUGGAGCACUGCCGUAUGGGGCAUCCUCUCAAAUGCUAGCUGAUGGGCAAAAGAUUUUCUACAUUACGACGGUAGCGGCUGACGGGACAUUGUCUACGUCCGCAGUAGCUGGAACUACUUCAUCACCGCCUUUGCCGACAAUGGAGCCGGCACCGUCAGCUUUGCGAACAAUGCUUCCAGAAAUGAAGGGGCCGUCUGCGACUGUUCCGAAUUCUGGUGGAGCAAAUGUUUACGCAUUGCCAUCCUGGUCUCAAACUGUGUCCAAUGGAACAAAUACUUCGCCCACUACCACUACUACUUUCUAUUCAUUCUCCGCACCCCCGUCUGCCUCUGUCCCUGCAAAUACGCCCGCUUCAUACGCUACUACCACAACUGCCAACAAUACUCUUCCUCUCGUUCCCCUCAACGCCGCCGGAGCUUCAAACGGCUUCCUCAAUCAUGUCCCCACAACAUACUCCAGCCUUGGUGGAGAACAUGAGCAGAAUGUGAUGUCAAAAGCAACACAAUUAUUGCCAUUGAAGAGCCAUUUUUCUGCGGAAUCAUCGACCUGA